AUGUCGCUCGCGGCUGCCCGUCGACCCACCGCUGAGAGCGAUGAGCACUCGAACGAAAAGGGGCUCGCCCUCCGCCCUAUCGGCGAGACCGCACCCCACCUCCUCCAGAACGACCCGCAGCGUCAAGAGUCAAACGACGAUGACUCCAAGGACACAUAUAACGGAUACAACGCAGACGUCUCGGCGGUCUCUCCCCCUCCCGAGGAGGAGCACAUGCACGAGUCCGGCUUCCGAGGCCAGCUUCGGCGCCAUCGUCGUCCCUUGACCCACCUCUUCAUCUGCCUCCUUUCUACAGGAUGGUGGAUCGCCUCCCUCGUCCUCCACCGUAACGACAAAAACUGGGUCAUCCCCUUUCUCCUCUGGCUCGCCAUCAACCUCCGGCUCCUCACCUUCUACACUGGCGUCCGGUUCAUCAGCGAGCCUCUCAAGUGGGGAUGGCAGCACACUGCUGUUCCCGCUCAGAGGCUCGUUCCGGAGCGGUUCCAGACACUGGCCGGUGCGGCUAUCGCCAUCGCGGCUAUGCUCGUCGGCGCCUUCGUCUCCGAGGAGACCGCAGACAACACUCGGGGCAACCGUGCCAUCUCCAUCCUUGGUCUCGCUGUCAUCCUCUUCGUCUUCUGGGCUACCAGCAAGCACCGUCACGCCGUCAACUGGCGGACCGUCAUCGUCGGUAUGUUGUCACAGUACAUCAUCGGGCUCUUCGUGCUGCGCACGCAGACCGGGUACGACAUCUUCAAGUUCAUCGCCGACCUCGCCGGGCUGUUCCUUGGCUUUGCCAAGGACGGUGUUGCCUUCAUCACCAGCAAGGAGCAAGCCAACACCCCCAACUUCUUCUGGGGUGUCAUUCCUGCCAUUGUCUUCUUCAUCUCGGUCGUCCAGGUCCUCUACUACAUUGGCUUCAUCCAGUGGUUCGUCCUCAAGCUCGCCGGCUUCGUCUUCUGGGCGCUCGGUGUAUCCGGUGCCGAGGCCAUCGUCGCUGCGGCUACCCCCUUCAUUGGGCAGGGAGAGUCGGCGAUGCUGGUCAGGCCCUUCGUCCCCCAAAUGACCAAGGCGGAAAUUCACCAGAUCAUGACCUGCGGUUUCGCCACCAUCUCCGGCUCCGUCCUCGUCGGUUACAUUGGUCUCGGUCUCAACGCCGAGGUCCUCGUUUCAUCCUGCAUCAUGUCCAUCCCGGCCUCGCUUGCCAUCUCCAAGCUGCGGUACCCCGAGACCGAGGAGUCUCUUACCGCCGGCCGGACCGUCGUUCCCGAGUCUCAGGAGAAGCACGAGAACGCUCUCCACGCUUUCGCGGACGGUGCCAUGCUCGGUCUCCGGAUCGCCGGCAGUAUCGUCGCUGCACUGCUAUGCAUCAUCGCCCUCGUCGGACUCAUCAACGGAUUCCUCACCUGGGUCGGCGGUUACCUCAACAUCAACGGUCCCCUCCUUACCCUACAAACCAUCCUUGGCUAUGCCUUCUACCCCGUCUCCUUCCUCCUUGGUGUCAGCAGGCAGGGCAAUGACAUCCUCUUGGUGUCGCGCCUGAUCGCCGAGAAGGUCAUCACCAACGAGUACAACGCCUUCUCCGCCCUCGCGACCAGCGCGGAAUACGCCGGUCUCUCCGCCCGGUCCAAGCUCAUCGCGACCUACGCGUGCUGCGGUUUCGGCAACAUCGGGUCCCUCGGUAUCCAGAUCGGUAUCCUCGGUCAAUUCGCCCCCAGCCGAGGCGGUGAUAUCUCCCGCUUGGCAUUCUCGGCACUCAUUGCGGGUGUCUUUGCCACCCUCACGUCGGCCUCUAUCGCUGGCCUGGUCAUUACCACCCAGUCGUCCAACUUUGUCGUUGCGACGUCGUAA